ACUUUUUUUACAUCGGCACUCAGUACAAUCUCGCUGCUCCUACAAAGUAGAGCUUUUACUGCAGAUAAAUUAACGUAUUUAUUGAAAAAACAUACUUGUUAAAAUUUGUGAAAGUGAUUGUGAUCAUUAAAGAAUUUUGAGUAUCUUAUCAGAUCUAUAAACGUUAUUAGAUAUCGUAGAAAGAAAAUUGUUCAAGAAAAUGGCGCCUAUUGAGUUGACUCUAUUUUCGUCAUAUUUUAUGUGUCUAGCGGAUCAAAAAUUCACUUACGACUUAGUCGUGAUCGGCGGUGGUUCUGGUGGACUCGCAGCAGCCAAGGAAGCGGUGGAACUCGGUGCUAAAGUAGCAGUGCUUGAUUAUGUUACUCCAUCACCUCAAGGCACCAAAUGGGGCUUGGGUGGUACAUGCGUCAAUGUUGGUUGCAUACCAAAGAAGCUUAUGCACCAGGCUGCGCUCCUCGGUGAAGCUAUUCACGAAGCUCAGGCUUUUGGAUGGCAAAUUCCGGACCCUUCAGCAAUUCCUAAUGAUUGGGAAAGUCUGAAAACAGCAGUCCAGAAUCACGUCAAAUCCGUCAACUGGACGACUCGAGUGGAGCUGAGAAACAAGAAUGUGGAGUACGUAAACGCUAACGGAUAUUUCAAGGACCCGCAUACGAUAGCAGGUGUGACGUCAAAGGGCGAAGAGAAGAUUCUAACUGCAAAAACUGUGAUUAUUGCUGUUGGAGGGAGACCGAGGUAUCCGGAAAUUCCCGGAGCUGUUGAAUACGGAAUAACGAGCGACGAUAUAUUCAGUCUUAAUCGAGCUCCCGGAAAGACCCUUGUUGUGGGUGCUGGAUACAUCGGUCUCGAGUGCGCCGGUUUUCUCAACGGUCUUGGUUACGACGCAACGAUAAUGGUUCGUUCGAUAGUGCUCCGUGGAUUUGAUCAGCAAAUGUCGAACAUGGUGGCGACCGAAAUGGAACAACGUGGUGUUCAUUUUAUCUAUCAAGCGAAACCAAAAGCCAUUGAGAAAAAAGAAGAUGGUAGAUUGCUUGUUCAUUGGGUAGACAAAGAGGGUGAAAUUCAUCAAGAUGUCUAUGACACCGUGCUCUUUGCGAUUGGUAGACAAGCUCUUACACGAGAGCUCAAGCCUGAAAAUGCUGGACUGAAACUUGUCCCGGAGACUUUCAAAAUCGAUGCUAUCAAUGAGCAAACAAACGUUCCUCACAUUUUCGCCGUCGGUGAUGUUCUCCACAAAAAACCAGAACUCACACCCGUUGCGAUCCAUGCCGGUAAAUUACUCGCUCGUCGUAUUUUCGCCAAUUCUCUGGAAACUAUGGACUACACGAACGUUGCCACAACUGUAUUUAGCCCCUUGGAAUAUGGUUGCGUUGGCCUCAGCGAGGAACAAGCGAUCGCUUCGUACGGCGAGGAUAACGUCGAAGUUUAUCACGGUUUUUACAAACCAACGGAAUUUUUCAUACCCCAGAAAAAUAUGGCGCAUUGUUAUCUUAAGGUCGUUGCUCUGAGGAGCGACGAUGAGAGAGUCCUCGGUCUUCACUUUGUUGGACCUCAUGCUGGUGAAGUUAUCCAAGGCUUUGCUGCUGCUAUGAAAUGUAAAUUGACAUUCCCGAUUCUCAAGUCGACCGUGGGUAUUCAUCCGACGAGUGCCGAGGAAUUCACCAGGGUGCAUAUAACAAAGCGAUCAGGAAUGGAUCCGACACCGCAGACUUGCUGCAGUUAAGUCGACCGGAUUUUCAAUGUAUUUUACUGGGCCAGUUCCACCGGGACGAGCUCAUUAAAUAAGUACUGCAGUAUCAUCGCGACCAAUCAACGAGGAACUUGUGUAAAAUUAGGAGAAAAAAAGAAAAAAACCCCUCGUUUCAACAAAUUGAAACGAUAUCUAUUACGGAGGCUAAAUUAGCUAACAAGAAAAGUUACGCUUCUUAUUUCAUUAGAAAAUUUUGUACAAAUAGUGGCACGAAAAAUACUAAAACAUUCGAGCGACGUAGUUUUUCAAAUAAGUUUUGAAACGACGCAUCUUUUUUCACCGUUUGCACGUGUAUCCAAAAAAUGUAAUCGUGUUUUCAGCCCCUUUUGUAUUCUCACUGGCUGAAUUCAUGGUAAUAAAAAGUAUUUGUGAGCAAAUCAGGUGAAAGAAGAAAGGUCUAUUGUUGAAAAAAAUUGUUUUCUUUAGUUGUCCACAAAUGUCUGUGAUGAAGCCCUCGUUGAAGAUUUUAGUCGCGCGGCGUUAAACGUCGUUCUUAUACACAGUUCAUUUUUCUUUUGCUUUUUUUCUCCUUUUUUAUACACUUUUAGAUCGCUAUUCCAUUUUUUUUUUCGAUUUUUUUUCUCCUAUAUUCAGUAUGGUGAAUUUGUCAUGGCUAUCGAAAACAAUAAAAAUUUCAUCGAAAUUA